AAGACACUAGAUGCUUUGGAAGUGACAUCCCAUCCCUCAAAGAUUAACCACAAUAUUUUACUCCCCCAAAUGAAAAGAUUAACUGCAAUCCUGUCAGCUUCUGUUAUCCUCCAAAGAAAAGUAGAUUCCAUUCCCUCUCAUUUUAACCUUAACACCAGACACAGAAACAGAGACCUCCCAUGAGACCCAAUCCAUGUGGGCCACCACCCACCUCCCAUUGCUUCCACCACACAACAACUGCUUACAAAUUCCACAAAGAGCAGAGAUGAAAGAAGAAAUAAAUCUAAUGAACCCACCACCUCCUCCACAAGCCCUUCCCCUUCCUCCCUACUCAUAAACCUCCAUCCUCCACUCCCCUCCCCCUCAGGAAACCCAAAGCCAUGGACUGGUACUCUUGGCUCUCCAAAUCCAAUCUUGAACAUGGCCUUAUCUAUGAGUAUUCGCUCCUUUUCUCCCAUAAUGAGCUUGAGGAAGAGGACAUCAUCCACUUCAACCAUGAGUUCCUCCAAAGCAUGGGGAUCUCCAUAGCCAAGCACAGGCUUGAGAUACUCAAGCUAGCCAAGAAGUCCAACUCUCCACAGCCGGUCGCUAGGCUCCUCACUGCGAUGAAGAAGACCACAAAGUUCCUGGCCAAGUACAUCCACUCGUUGGUCCGUCGAGAGAAUUCGGCCAUCGUGGUCGUCCCAAGGCCUUCAUACGGUGGUGCAAGGUGGAAGGGAACCAUGCUGAAGAGGAACAAGAGGCUGGCGCUACUGAAGCAGGGAAGGCUGAUGCUCACCGAGGGCAGUGUCAAGGUUGCCAGACCAAACUCUGUCACGCAUAGCGCAAGCCCGGUGGCGUACAACAAUCGGGAAGGUGAGAAAGGUGGUGAUAAAGAUGGAUGUUGGGGGAGCAGCACCGAGGCGAUCAGGUGGGACUCCAUGUUUCAGGACUUGAAGCCAACUUAAGCACAUGGAGAAGAGCUUUUCCUAGUGUCUUUCAGCAGGCUUUUGUGCCUUGGCUUUUCAGGAGCCAUGAGAGUGCUUUACUUUGGAGGUUUGUCCACUUUGCAUUUGUGCUUUGCUUUGGUUGUUUGGUUUUCUGAUUGUGAGGAAGAUAACAAAAUCUCAAAGUUGUGGGAGAAAUGAUUAGAGGUUAGGUAUACAUGUAUGAACAUAUGUAUGCAUGCAAUAUAAGGGGGAAAGGUCUGUUCUCAUGAAUUCUUUGAUGUAUAGCUUGAGUCUCCUCCAUCCCAAGAGUCCAAGUCAACUUGAUGGAGUCAGUCACCCACCUCAGAAGGGCUUGAUUGAUGGAAAUGGUUGUGGAGAGCAUCCAAGCAUCCAUACAUUAGGUUUGGUCUAAAUGUCUCAAACACUGUCUUCUUGUCAAGAACUGAUGGCUGUGAAGGUAGGUGAAAGUGGCUACCAGAUUCCAUCAAAGCUCUGCAAUUAAGCAUGCUUGGACAAGAAGUAUUAUACAUUUGCAGAACAGUUGAUGCCCAUAAAUUCUCAAACCUCAAGCCUAGAGACUCAUCCAUUCAUGUACAUUGGGGUCAGAUCUUUAGAAAUCAUUCUAAAGUGGGCAACAUUCAAGUCAGAAGGAAGAGGAAUAUGUAUUUUGCUAAAAGGGGUCUGUAGACAAACAAUUAUAUGGGAAAGUAUUUUUGUUGGCUGUCCUCUUAACAUCAUAUGGGAUAUAA